UGACGAGCUGAUAAGAAAAGUCAGCCUUCAAAAGGAAAGAACAUUUAGUUCCAGUAUUAGUGCUACUAAAAAUGCAUUUUUACAUUUAUCGCAAAAGGAAAUAGCUGUGGUUUAAGGGUAAUAACAUUCUGAUUAUCUCAGCUUCUAAGUCUUGGCAAAAUAAAUACGAAGCAGCCUCGAAUUCUGAAAUAUACUUUAAACUUGUUUUGAUAAGGCCGUGACUAUUUUUGGCCACAGAUGGCAGCACCGUCUGUCGUCUCCUCAGUAAACAGCUGCACAGUCAUGGCGGCUACAAGUGGUGGAGUCGAGUGGAGCCAAAUUGUCAAGCCAAUUUUGGCUGCUUCUUAUGGCUCCGUGAACAAACAGGACUUGCCGGAAUUAGUGAAAGCCAUUGUGAAAAGCAAAGAAGAAAUUCUUCACCAUGAAGACCAGUAUGAACCCUUUUAUGCUGCCUUUUGUGUUCUCGCAGCUGAUUACUUGGCCAGUAAUGCCCAUCAGGUGAGUGUUGGAGGAGUGAGCCAGGCAGUGAGUGCUGCUCGAGUUUUGCUUCAGUUUCUGUCAGGCCGUGUUGGCACGCCACCCACUGCUGUAACAACACCCGUGCCAUCGUCCACAUCAACAUCUCCUUCAGUCACCACAAAUACUACACCUACCUCAACACCCCCAACUACGACUCCCACAAUCACUACAAGUACCGUAACUCCGACCAGCACCAGCACACCAACAGCAAGUAAUGGCGUCACAUCAACGACCACUACCUCUGCACCAUCAACCACAGUCACAACCACCAGCACUGCAAUUUCAUCCGCAGAAGUCAGCAGUGAAAAAGAGAAAAUGAUAUGUGUCCAUGAUAAACAUCUCCUAGCGGGCAUCAAAGCUUUGUGCCGUGGGUCAGGAGCUCUUCACCGUGCUGACCAAGCUUCCUUAACAGCAGCCAUGAAAGCAGCAAAGCUUCCUCCACAUAUCAAGACUGUGACUCCAGGUACUCCUCCCCCUCAAGGAGAGAAGGAAUCUCCCAUAUCCAAAGAAAUGAGGCGAGGGCGAAGUGAUCCUAGUGCCAUUAUUUUAGAACAGCUAGUCUCUCCGUUACAUGACAUUGGUGGCUCAAGGUCACGGCCACCGCAUGCUCCAACACCACCUGCUCAUGCUGACAAAGACACUGAUGGACCCCUCACUGGAGUGUCAGACUCCGGCUUAGAUAUGCGGAAUCUGUUUGCAAGCCGUUGCGUGUCUGCCUUACAAAGCUUAGGAGGAGGGGAACAACUGAUUGAUGUUUGUUUAAAGCUCCCUACCAUAGUGAAGUAUACACAAAGGUACAAAGAACUAUUGGAAGGAAAAGGUCAUGGAUUUCCCACUAACGUAUCGGAAGCACUUGUUGUUAAGGCAGGGUUAACUACUGUUGUUAUGGAAUUGAGCACAGUUUGGAGAAUUAUGUCCCUACCUCUUCUGGAACCUCUUAAUAGCACACGUCUUCAGAAGCUUUCAACAAUAGCAAUGGCCGCUCUGUUGGCCUCUUUAACUGUUGCAGUUGCAACUGCCAUUAUUGCAGUUGCUUCACAAGCCUCAUCAUCGUCUAAGACGCCACCACCACCUCGUGAAGAUGACCUGGACACGGCUGCGCCUGCUAUUGCUGAGAAGGCGCUAGAUUUGUUUAAUGUGAUCCUUAAUGCAGUGCGCUCUUCAACAAGAGCAGGUGGCCACCAUGUUCAAAAUCUUCAGUUGAUGGGAUCAUGGCUAAUAAUGACUGGGCUUCAUCAGCUGAUGCUUAUUGUUUCAUCUACUGUAGCAACUCAAGACAAGAAAGAUGACAAGGGAAGAAGUCCUAGCAAGAAAGAUUCUGCUUCAGCAAGGAUAAACUUGACAAAAGUUCAACAGGGUUUUGGUGUAGUAUGCGUAGCUCUUGCAUCACAAGGCGUAACCCUAAUGACAGGACUUCUUGAAGAUGUGAAAGUUGAAGGUUGGACACCGCCUCGACCUCCAGAGCCUGCUCGUUUAGAUCCUCUGGAAACUUACACGGCUACUGAGCGUUUGGCUCGACUGUUUUCUGCUGUGCCCCUCAAUCAGUUGCUAUUUUAUCUUGCUACUAUAUCAUACAGAAAGGCUUGCAGUUUGAAAAGAACUCACAGAGCAAUGGGAGAGGGGGAUAACUUCAGUAUAUCCGACUCGACAACAUACUAUGAAGACGAUUUUUCAGAAGGUAGUCUUGGAGAAGAAGAUGAUGAUUCUGUUAUUAUUGGUUCGUGGUUCGAAGAGCCCAGCACUCCUGGCGAAGGAGGUGAUGAUCCUACAUCGGCAGCAGCACAGGGUAAUAGUGAUUCUUCUUCCUCUCCGGAUGAUUCCCAAGCAAAGACGCCACACAGACACAAUUCUGAAGUGACAACUAUAGUCCCUGAAAAAGGAGAACCACAUGGGUUCAUCUCCCUGGCUUCACAUAUUUUCUUACUGAUGAACAGUUAUCUUGUUGAAAGUGAGUGUGCAUAUGUUCAGCAGUACGUUCGAGCAGGAUUGGCUGAAACACACAUGGUUGUUCUAGCUGCUAUCAUUCGAGAUCUUGACAGAGAAACGACUAGAUCUGAUUCAGGGAGCUUAACUGGGUAUCUUGGUCCAGUUCUUGGAUCCUUGUACGAUGAAUUUUCAUAUGCAUUGUAUCAGUACACCCAUAAUGUCAUCGCCUCUGGCCUUUUGAGUGAGACACUGCAAAACACCUUGCUUGGGCAACUAGGAGUGUCUCCUUGGACUCCAGAUGGAGACUGGUCUUUGCAAGUCCUUCCCCGGACAUUGACAGUAUUAGCACAGAUUUUGUUGUUGCGCCAGCGCAGAGAUAAAGACGAGUUGAAGUGUGAUUCCGACACUGCCUGUGUACUUAUCUGGCAAAGAGUUAUCUCUACUCUCACCAAAUCUGUUAGUAAUCCACCGGCACCAGAAGCUGAAGUAGAAGAUUUGAAUGUUGAACAUGCUCAGUUGUUGCUGUUCUUAUUCCAUUCAUUGCAACUGAUGCAGAAGAAGAGUGUACUACUAAGUGUAGCAUCAGCUGUGGUAAAUGUGUCUCCUGUCAUUUCAACACCGAUGAGGGACACUCAAGUUCUACAUUUGGCACGGUUACUGCUCAUUUUUGAUUACUUAAUGAAAAAUUUGUAUGAAGCUCCACAAGUUUUGAUUGAACAGGUGCAGUGGAACCUUUUCAAACCAAUUUUACAGUGUGAAAAUCAGUCAUUGGGCAAAGAUUCUAGCUCUGGAUCAGGAGGAAAAAUGUACCAUGUAUGGCGUGAUUUGGAAGAAAAUUAUCGCAAGAAUUAUUCUCAUGAAGAUUAUGCCAUUCGACCUAGAUUCUAUACAUUAACACCAGCUGAAACUAAUACCCAGGAUACUCCCAAGUUGGAUGGUUUGGUAAGGCUAGCCACGGCCUGCAGUUUCAUUUUAGCUACACCUGACACAUUGAAGUACAGUACUUUGUAUGACACUUUAGUGAAUCUUCUGAAUGUUGGAUGCCAGACUGACCCAUCACUUCGUCAUGCAAAUGAUCCUCAGUUAACAUAUUUGGGACUCUGUGGGGUGCAGUAUGCCUUUUCUUUGGCUUAUCGCCUUCUUUUGACCAUGCCUCCCUCUGUUUCUGCAUUGGAAGCAAUGUCUACCAGUGAAACUAAACUAGAAGGUUCCCACUUACUGCAUGCCCUCCUAUGGGGACCACGAGCAUCGCACAAGAUUUUCAAUGGUUGGAUCAAGGAUGGCUUGGUUCGACAGAGUUUAACUACGCAGAAAGCUGAUGCUUUAUUGAAGUCAGUGGCUAAAUCAAUGUGUAAUGUAAAGCAUGACUUAAAAGUUGCCAAUCAGCUUUUGUCUUCGUUGCUGAGCAAGGGGUACAACAACAUGUCAAGCUUUUUAAUGACCACCUGGGAACAGCUGCCAGCAUUCUCUGAUCUUUACAUGCUAGAUACAGUUCUGGCUCGACUUCAGGUAACACUGGAUGAGGCCUGCCACAAAGGAGAUAUUGAUUUACGUUCAUCUGAUGGAGGAGAUCUCCUGCGAGCUUUAGAUAUCACUCCAGAUCAAAUUCCAAUAUCAGGCUUGCUGACAUUAACUGAAGCACUUGCUCAUGCAACAAGGUGGAGUCUUUUACAGCAGAUGAAUGGAGUCCUGGAAGAGGUAAGCAGGUUAUCACCUGAGGAACUAGAAGCUUACUGCAUUGUGCUAUCUGUAUCUGGUAAUCAGGUUACUAGAGCUGGUCCCCACCCACCUUGCCUAUCAAAGGUUUCUUUGCCUGCACCAUUGAAAACGGCUCUUGACAACUGGAAUUCGAACACAAUGACAGAUUUUCCAGCCAAUCAUGCAUGGAGGAACAGUAUGAGUAGUGAUGUCCUGCCUGGAGAAACGUACGUGUCAGGUGUUGUUAUGGGCCACAUAUCCACCUUGUCUGCUCAGCCAUCUUUCAGCAUUAACUUGGCUCUCAAACAUGUUAUGCACACAUUAGUUACAUUUGUAACAGAUUUGGCAAGCUGGUGUGGUGACGAUGAUAAAAACGGAGGAGUUUUGACCAAUACAUUGAUCAGUUUGGCUGUAGAUGCCACAUGUGAUCAUGUUUCGGAGUCUGUCUCUACAGCCUUGGAUAGAUUGAUGCCUACUCCUGAGGGUGGUGAUUCCUCUACUUCACCAGAUCCUUUCCAGAUUACACUGUAUACUCAUCUCUUGUACAGAGUAGAGUCUUUGUUGCAGUCUACAGCCAUAUGUGAGGGUGUACUGGAUGAUCAAAUUUUGGAAGGCUGUACAACAUUCCUAGAAGAACUACUGGAAGUGCCUGCAGGGAAGCUGGCAUUAGACAGAGUGCUUGCAGAGUCACAUUUUGUGUCGGCUCUUUUGAGUCCCCCUUUAACUGGAGAUACAUCUUCUGCAACAUUGCCAAUCCAUAUAGUCAAAUUUUUCAUAAGAGUUUUCCAGCUAGCGGAGAAAAAUCCUACAGAUCACACUUUAGCAUCUGUGUGCAGCCGUAUUUCUGUUGGAUCGUGGCUAGAGUCAGGCAUGUUGCAAGGCUGGCUCUCUACUAAUCUUCUGACCACAACUCCUACAGAAGGUGAAGGAACUCCUAAUAGCUGGCAGCUUCUUCGAACACUAACAGCUUACAUAAUAACACAAGACACUCAGUAUGCCGAGGAAGUAGCUCAUGGGCUGUUGCGAUCCCUUGUGCCCCUUGGCUCAUCUUUAGUAUCGACAGGAUCUGAAGGAUUAGCGAGUAUGACUCAUCUGCUCUCUGUCAUGUCAUCAUUAGCAAGUGCAGGCUCUGGCACGGGACAUGUAACGCUUUUCAGAGCUGCAACUUCUUGGGUAACCCAGUGUAAGCAACACUUAAUUGGAGAAAAGGAUAAAGGACUUUUGGAAGCCAUGUGUCACUUGCUCUCUUAUGUUAGCGAUGUUGUUGCUGCACUGAAGGUCAGCAGUGAACGCUGGGCUGUCGCUUACCGUAGUGGCAUGACCUCCCCACCAUAUGAACUUGACCUUACAGCCGAUACAGAUUCAGAUUGGGUCGAUGAUCUCACUCAAGAAGAUGAAGAUAGUGCUGGCGAAGAUUCUGAUGAAGAUAGUAUGUGCAACAAGUUAUGCACCUUUACAGUCACCCAAAAGGAAUUCAUGCACCAGCAUUGGUACCACUGUCACACCUGUCGCAUGGUUGAUGGUGUUGGGGUAUGUACCGUGUGCGCCAGAGUGUGUCAUCGCGGUCAUGAUGUGACCUAUGCUAAGUAUGGAGCCUUCUUCUGUGACUGUGGUGCUAAGGAAGAUGGAUCUUGUCAGGCUUUAGUUAAACGCAGCCCUGCAUCAUAUGAGGAUGGUGUUGGCUCCUCCAGUGGCCCAGCAGCCUUUGGAGUUGAGCCCCUCCUCCCAUCAUCUCUUCGAAGGCGCCCUUCGUCUCCUUCUCAAGGCAUUCAGGAUAAGCAUCGAGAUGAUACACACAAGCAAAGGCAAGCUCUUGCAAAGAAGCUUGAAAAUGUUCGAGAUUUACUGGUGGGUGAGGUGAGCGGCAGUGAACUGGCAGCUACUGUUCUUGAUCUCCUGUCUGAAUUACUUCCGACUGUUCAAGAAAGUGCGGCAGAGUCAUGCUCUGUUGGAUCUUACCAGCGUGCACUGGCAGCCCUGAAUCAGGUUCACACCAAUGCAAAGGCUAUUGAGUCAUCAGAACAGUUAAUGGUUGCCACCCUUGGAUCUCAAGAAGGGGCUUUUGAAAAUGUGCGACUCAACUAUUCAGGUGAACAAGGGCAGACAAUACGCCAGCUAGUGUCUGCUCACAUGAUACGUCGUGUAGCAAUGUGUUGUCUGGCAUCACCAGGAGGUAAAAGGCAGCAUUUGGCUGUCUCUCAUGAGAAAGGAAAAAUAACAGUUCUUCAGCUUUCUUCCCUCUUGAAGCAACAUGAUUCUGCCAAGAAAAAGCUAACACUGACGAGGCUUUCCUCAGCUCCUGUGCCCUUCACUGUGCUGUCCAUCACUGCCAACCCAGCAAAUGAUGAUUUCUUAGCUGUUUGUGGACUCAAAGAUUGCCAUGUAUUAACAUUCGCAAGUGCAGGAAGUGUAUCUGAUCACCUUGUUCUACAUCCUCAACUGGAGUCUGGAAAUUACAUAAUACGUGCUGUGUGGUUACCAGGGCAACAGACACAACUUGCCCUAGUCACUGCAGAGUUUGUCAAAAUCUAUGAUCUCAGUAUAGAUUCCCUUUCACCUCAGUAUUAUUUCCCCUUACCAUCUGGGAAAAUUAAGGAUGCUUGCUUCAUCAGCACUCGCGAUGAUGGAUGUUAUCUUGUAGCUAUGGCAUCUUCUGGCUACAUCUAUUACCAGGUACUGAGUGACGAAAGUUCUGCCCAGCAUGGACCUUUUUAUGUUACUAAUGUGCUACAGGUUCAGCAUCCUGAUCUUAAGGACUCAAAUGGGCAAAUUGGGGGAGGUGGUGUGUCUGUUUAUUAUUCACAUACACUUCAGCUGUUAUGCUUCAGUUAUUCCCAAGGAAAGAGCUUUAUUGCACCUCUUGUGUCUCUGAGUGAAAACGACAAGGUUGAAAAACUGUUUCCUGUUAGUGUCAAAGGAGGAAAUGGGUCAGGUGGAGGAAGUAGCAGCAGCAGCAGUAGCAGCAGCAGCAGCAGUAGUAGUAACAACAGCAGUAGUGGUGGAAGUGGUGGGAAGGUUACUCCUCAGCCACUUUGUCAGUGGGGUGAAGUCACAGGCCACCCUGGCUUGAUCACCUGCCUGACGCAGUCGAGCAACAAUCCAGUAAUAAUAAUGGUGAAACCUGACCAAAUAUUGGUUCAAGAAAUACGAGUAUUACCUGCCAAGAGCAAAAUGACUGAUUUGGUAGCACUUAGACACUCUUUGUCUCCCAAUCACGAAGCAAAAACGACCUUGAUUUUAUUGUGUGAGGAUGGAUCACUUAGAAUCUACAAUGCCAACCCACAGACCACAGACUUCUGGCUGUCACCCCAGAUGCAAAGUGUUAGUGCCAUAUCAUCAUUAAGGCCAUCAAGGAAGAAGAAAGCACCAAAAUUGGGAAGGCCAUCAGGGUCUGUUGUGUUCCCUGUGGACUUCUUCGAACACUGUUCUGUUAUGAAUGACAUUGAGUAUGGAGGCAAUGACCUCUUACAAGUAUACAAUGUACAACAACUUAAGAACCGACUCAACAGCCAAGGUAUGUAUGUUGCAUCAACCAAGCCUGGUGGGUUCCAGCUUGAAGCUACCAAUAAUGAUUCCACACUUGUUAUAUGUGGUAUAAGGGUAGCUGUAGGAGCUGUUGAUACGCAACGAGUUCCUGCUUAUUUAGAGGUAUUUGGUCGAAGUGUGUCUAUUUCUGCAACCAGGAGCAGAUGGUUUGAUGUUCCUUUAACACGAGAGGAAUCUUUACAAGCAGACAAGCGUAUAGUAAUAACUUUUGGUCCAUCUGCUGAUUCAUCUAAUGUCACAAUUGUGGAUUCUGUAAAAAUUUAUGGUAAAACAAAGGAUGAUUUUGGCUGGCCAGAAGAACCUGAAGAUUUCCCGACAACUGUAAGUGGAACAGGGUCAAGUGGGACCACAGGAAAUGCAAGUGAGUCCUCAGCAACAGGAAGUUCCUCAGCAAGUACCCCACUUCCCCUGACAGCAAUUGAUCGUCUUGUUUCAGCUGCUCUGGAAACUUUAGAUGGAUGCUUUGUUGCAACACCUGCAGAAAAAAUUGUAGCUCGAGCUGGUGCUCUAGAGUUGGCUACAAAACUACUGAAUCUUCCAUUACCACCUACUGUACAGCAUCACACCAGGACACUUCUAGCAUCCUUACAUCAGAGCCGAGUAGCCUAUCAUAAUCAUAAGGAUGGAGCUCAACUGGCCAGUGUGGUUGAGGCCCUUACAGCCUUGCGAAGGGUAACAGAUCCCAAACAGCUUGACUGUGAAGCUUAUCAUCGACUAGUAGUAACUGCAAGAAAUGUUGCUGUGGCAAGACCUCACAACCUGAUCAAGUACACAGAAAAAUUGUCAGCAUGUGAUAUAACAAUGAUACAGCCAGAUGAGGAAACUAAGAAGUCAGAUGAUUCAUCAUCGUUUGUAUCCAAAACUGAGGCAGAUUUGUCUCUUUCAAAAAAAUCUGAUGGGGACUCUACCCUGAGCAAAGCAUCAGACACCACAUCAGAUUCUGAAGCUACCUUGGAAGGUGGAGACACUAAUGGCAAUGACAUAUCUAGUGAUGACAAUCACUUUUUAGCUCAGCUGAUGAAUGUUUUCUGGUCUCUUCACAGUGCCAAACCGGCCAAUGUUUUCUUGACAACUGUUUGCCAUCCAGGACUGACUCAUGUGGAGGCCACUGUCCAAGCAGUAGUGGAAAUUAUUCAUGCCUACACUGUGUGUUCAUUGUCAGCUGUGCCCCUUGCUGUACGUUUAUACACAGAGCUGCUGUUGUGCACUGAUACUUCCGUAAGCUUUGGAGCUAAACAAGCCUUGAUAAGAGUCUUGAGGCCACAUCACAAAAGGCGAAAAGUGUUCAUCCCAAGCCCUCCAAGAUGUUCAACUCCUGGUGAGUACACAUCUGGAGUUGUAGAUGAAACUGAUAAGACCACUCCAGCUCCUCAAGAACCUGCUGGUGCUGCAUUAGUUGAACCUCCGUUUGAAGGUGCAGAGGCUGCGGAUCCCAUAGCAGAUGCAGGAAGUGGUGGUGAAGGGCUUGAAGGUCUUGGAGUACUUGGUGGAGGUGGAGGAAGCUUAGCCUUGAGGGGAGCUCUGAUGGGUGGUAUGUUGGAUCUGCCUGCUGAUGAUGAUGAUGCUAUGGUUGAGUUAGCCAUUGCUCUCUCAUUACAUGAUGAACAAGGCCAGGCACCUGCAGAUUUGGGCAACUUACAUCCUGGACUACAAGGACUCGUUGGAGGUCUCCCAGGAUUACAUCGUCUUCAAGGUCUUAGUGGCCAAGUUCUACAAAGCCUUCAGGUACUAGCUGCUGGUGGUAUACCUGGUGGUGGGCCGCAAGCUAAUGCUCAAGAAGUGCAACAGGAUGGUGUUGAGGAACAAGAAGGUGGUGAUGGUGAGGUUGGGGAUGGACAGGAAAAUGGCCAUUACUCUGAUACAACAGCAUCAGCAAAUGGAUCAGACGAUGAUGAUGGCGAUGGUUCAACAGCUGCUACAGAUGGGUCAAAUUUGAGAGCUUCACCUGCUGAACAUGCUGGAAGUGCUGGUAGUGAGUCAGGAGGCUCAGUUGUUGAAAGUCUGGGAGGAGAACAUAAUGUAUCUGGAAGAAGCUCUGCCUAUGGAGAUGCAGGUCAAGAUUCUGGGCCAACUACCCUACGAGAAGGUGCAUCAGCCCUGUCUGCCAAUCUGCAAGGUGAAUUGGUAGAGGAGGAAUUACCCGAAGGUGGUGUUGGUUUACACACACUUCGUUUAGCCCUUUUGGAUGCUUUAGUCCAGCGAAUUCCUUCAUUAUCAGCUGUUGGAGGAGUCACAACCAUACCAUUUUUCCAGGUUCUUCUAAUGUUAACAUCUGACCUUGAUGGCACAGAUACUCGAGAUCGAACUAGUCUUGAUGCUGUUCUUGAUGCUUUAGUUACUCAGUUGAACAUGAGCAGUAUUGAUGUUUCAACUGUGUCAGAACGCACAGCUGGCAAGGAAGUUCAGUUGGUGGUUAUGAGACUUCUAAGUGUCAUGAUGUCUCGUAGCAAAUCUGGAGCUCGGCCGAGUGGAGAUAGCUCCAGCGUCAUUCCACAGGCAACUGCUAGUUGUCUUGUUCGGUCUGGAGCCAUGGAUCAUUGCCUUUCUCUUCUUAAAGCAUUGUUAGAUUACUGGCGUGCUGCUUCAAAAGAACAAGGAGGCACAGUCAUAGGUGCAGGGUUACUGAAACCACGUCCAUUAUCAUUGCCUCCAGAUAUGUCACCAUUUUUCUUGAGGCAGUAUGUUAAGGGUCAUGCCCAUGAUGUCUUUGCUGCAUUCCCACAUUUACUGACAGAGAUGAUUCUUCGUUUACCAUACCAGAUGAAAAAACUAGGUGAAGGUGGGCAGUUUGAGCCAGCUUGGUCUCACUACCUUUGUGAGUACAUGAUGACACAGCAGACUCCUGUAGUUAGACGUCAAGUUAGGAAACUGCUUCUCUUCAUCUGUGGUCAUAAAGACCGCUACCGUCAAAUGAGAGACAUGCAUGCCCUUGACUAUCACAUAAAAGAUGUGAAAGUUCUAUGUGCUCAGGGUGGAUUCAGCUUUUCAGGAGCUGCAGCUGUUGUCCCCAUUGCUUUACCCUAUGAUUCUCUGAUACAGUUGAUAGAACAUCUCAAGUCAUGUGUGGACGUUGCAUCAUCACGUACACCCAACUGGCAAAAGUACUGCUUAAAGGAUGAAAGUGUCCUAGGAUUUUUAAUGGAAGUUUCUUGUCUUUUAGAGGAAGGAGUUGCCCCCACAGUCCUACAGUUACUGCAGGCUGCUCUGUGCCCCACAUCCAAAAAUACUGAAAGUUCUUCUAAAGGUUCAGGAAGCACCAAGAGAGCAUCAAGCGAAGACAGUGAAGGUGAGAGUCGAGGUGAGGAGGCUCAUUGUGCUGCAUUGGUAGCCCAGAUCAACAGAUAUUUGGAUCGGAAUCGAAUCAGCCAGUUUGUUCGAACUUUCUUGUUGGAGUCUAAUUCAACUGGAGUGCGUUGGCAGGCCCAUUCACUUAUCCUAGCUUUGUACAGACAUUCCCCAUCAAGAGAUCAAGAUGCCCUUUUGACACUCAUGUGGUCAUUGUGGCCCCACCUCCCGGCAUACGGACGAAAAGCUGCACAAUUUGUAGAUCUUUUAGGCUAUUUCUCUCUCAAAACACAACAGUGUGAGAAGAAGGUCAUAGAGUACAUUAAUCGUGCUGUUACUGUUCUUCGCACUCAAUCACAGUUAUUAGCAAAUCAUCCUAAUGCUAAUUUGUACAACUCUUUGGCAUCAUUAGUUGAAUUUGAUGGCUAUUAUUUAGAGUCUGAACCUUGUCUUGUGUGUAAUAAUCCAGAAGUUCCUUUCACUAGUGUUAAAUUAUCUACAGUCAAAGUAGAUUCCCGAUUUACAACCACUACACAGUUAGUAAAGUUAGUUGGGAGUCACAUGAUCAGCCGGUUAACUCUAAGAAUCGCUGACCUGAAGCGCACUAAAAUGGUACGUACUCUCAAUGUAUUUUAUAACAAUCGCUCAGUGCAAGCUGUUGUUGAGUUGAAGAAUAAGCCUGCAAUGUGGCACAGAGCCAAAAAAGUAACACUAUCUGCUGGGCAGAUUGAAGUGAAAAUAGAUUUCCCACUACCCAUUAUUGCUUGCAAUCUCAUGUUUGAGUACACUGACUUUUAUGAAAAUCUUCAAGCCUCCACUGAAACCCUUCAAUGUCCAAGAUGUUCUGCAGCUGUUCCAGCAUCACCUGGUGUUUGUGCAAAUUGUGGAGAAAAUGUUUAUCAGUGCCACAAGUGUAGAGCUAUUAACUAUGAUGAGAAAGAUCCAUUCCUCUGUAAUGCCUGUGGAUAUUGCAAAUAUGCCAAGUUUGACUACACCCUACAAUGUCGUCCAUGCUGUGCAGUGGAUCCUAUAGAAAAUGAAGAUGACAGGAAAAAGGCUGUCCUUAACAUCAAUACAUUGCUUGAAAAAGCCGACAGAUCAUACAAACAGUUACAAGCAUAUAAGCCAACCUUAGAGUUACUGUUAGUUCGUAUCAGUGAACAGGGAGCUGCAAGAAGUGCAGAGGAAGGUACUUCAGGGGGAACUCAGGUUAACAGGGCAAUUCAACAGCUUGCCCAGAAAUAUUGUGGUGAUUGUAAGAAUGCUUUUGAUGACUUAUCCAAAGUUAUUCAGCGUGUUCAGGCAUCAAGGCGGGAAUUAGUCACCUUUGAUAGGUCUCAGAAGGAAGGCGGAAAGAAAAGUGUAAUAUCACCAAUGAGUCGUGGAAAUAUUGUUCACACCAACAGUGAUGAAAUCCCAACCACUCCUGGUCGUUGUUAUGGCUGUGCUGCAUCAGCAACGGAACAUUGUAUCACUCUGCUGCGAGCCCUAGCUACCAAUCCCACUCUAAGGGCUUCUCUUUGUCAGCAUGGUUUGAUUAAUGAUCUUCUGGAGUAUAAUCUUCGACGUGGUACUGUCCAGGUUCGAAGUGAAGUUAGACAACUAUUGUGCUUGCUUACUAAAGAUGAUCUUUCUGCUACUCAGGAACUUAAUCGUCUGAUUAUGGAAAAAAUAAGUAUGGCUCUGAGUUCUUAUGUUACAUCACCUGACUUGGCAGCUGCUGUUAGACAUGAGAUGGGGUUACUAGCGGCAUCAGCCCAGAAAGAAGAUUCGUGUUGGGAAUAUAGAUUAAGGUGUGUUGUUCAAUUGUUCUUAAUGGCUGGAGGCUCAAAUGCUUCUCCAACAGUUAUGGAACACAUUACACUUCCUUGUUUACGUAUUCUUCAAGGUGUUAUGAGACCGCCUACUCCACCACCACCAAGAAAGAGUAGAGAGAAGACACCAACCAGUGCUGCAGCAGUAGCUGUUAAUGCAGCUGCUUCCACUCCAGCUGUGUCUGCAACAGAUUUAAUGGCUUCGUAUCAAGGUGGUUCCAAAGUUGGAGUUGAUGUUAGCAAGUGGCUUAGUGGUGAUAAUGAUCAUUCAUAUGAUGCAUGGAAAAAGCGUUCUGCCAAAAAGUCUCAGGAAUUGGCUGUCAGCAAAAUGAAGAAGGAUGAAGUUCAUGAACGUUACCUGAUAGAGAAGUAUGGUUGUCGCUGGUUGGCCCAUACUAUCAGACGACAAUAUGACUUGAAGAUGCAGGAUUCAUCUUGGUUACGACGGGUCCUUUUCAAUCCAUCGUCUCGUAUGGCACGUCAGGUUACGGCUCAGAUGGUGGAAUCUCUGUGUACCUCAGUACACAGAAAGCGAGAGAUUUUGGACAUGUUGACCACCUUCCUUCCAGAAAUUGGAAAGGCUGGAGAAAGUGCUGGGGAAUUCGUCACUCUUUAUCAAAGUUUGAUUUUGGGCUCUCAUUGGAAAUACUACUUGGCUCUGAAGGGUGUAUUGCCCACUAUUGCUAGUCUAAUUACUGCAGAAAUCCAGUUACUUACUACUUUGGAAGAGACUACCCUUACAACAGACCUCAGUCAGGGUUAUGCUUUGAAAGUGCUGACAGAACUUUUGUCUCAGUUUAUUGAUGUAGAUGCUAUAAAGAGUGUGUACAAAGGACGUCUUGUAGGCACAGUCCUUAGUGGUUACCUCUCUCUACGGAAACUUGUUGUUCAGCGAACCAAGCUUAUUGAUGACACACAAGAUAAAUUUUUAGAGUUACUUGAAGAUAUGACUUCUGGAACAGAGGCUGAAACAAAGGAGUUCAUGGCUGUUUGUGUAGAAACCUUAAAGCAAUACCCACCUGAUGACCUUCGUACUCCAGUCUUCAUAUAUGAGAGGUUAUGCUCGAUCAUUUACCCAGAAGAAAAUGACGUUGGGGAGUUUCUUCUUACACUUGAAAAAGAUCCACAGCAAGAGGACUUCUUGCAGGGACGUAUGGUUGGUAAUCCUUACAGCAGCAUGGAUCAAGGUCUUGGACCAUUAAUGAGAGAUGUCAAAAACAAGAUAUGUCAAGAUUGUGAGCUAGUUGCCCUUCUGGAGGAUGAUAAUGGCAUGGAGUUGUUAGUUUGCAAUAAGAUCAUCUCCCUUGAUCUUCCUGUUAAAGAAGUUUACAAGAAAGUGUGGUUGGCUGAGAACAGUGAAAGUGAUGCCAUGAGAAUUGUUUAUCGCAUGAGAGGUCUCCUUGGUGAUGCUACUGAAGAGUUUGUGGAAACACUAGACAAGAAGAAAGAAGAAAAUGUGGAUAAUGAACAAGUAUACCGAAUGGCUGGAGUAAUGUGUCAGUGUGGAGGAUUAGAGGUGAUGCUGGAAUGUUUGCAAAGAAUAAGUGAUCUUUCCUAUGCACGAGCAUUAGUUACAGUGUUGCUUAAACUCUUCCAGUACUGUGUUAAAGUGCGUGUCAAUAGAGAACGCCUCAUGGUUCCAUCCCUUAAUGCUAUUUCUACCUUGUUAUACACGUUAAAACAGUGCCUAGCGGCAGAACCAGAAGUUGUUGCUGGUCCUCCAGGGGGAGCCUCUCUUACUGAACAGCUGUUGCAAGUCUUGGAAGCUGUGUUAGUUGAAGGCUCUUCUAUGCCAGCUGCAUCUUACACAGAAUUUGUGGAAACUUGUGGAACUCUUGAAGACAUUCACCUUCUUCUGAAUUAUGUUGCUACGAUAUCCCGCACUAAUGCACAAGUUCGCCAGCGAUUGCUACGUGUGUUACCUUUCCUGGUCUUCUGUCACAAAGAGAAAAUGGAACUCUUAGUAGGGCACUUCCGCCCAGUAUUGGACUUUGAGAAGUUUGAUGCAGAACACACUCAAGAAGAUGCGGCUAAAAUGGAGUCAUUCUGUGUUUUCUGUGAUGGUAUCGAACGAAAUGAGAAUGGUAAUCAACUGAAAGAUAUGAUUGUUCGUGCAAACAUAGUAAAGGAAGCAUUAACAUAUAUUGAAACACACAUACCUGUAAGCAACAAGUUAGUGGUUGUGUGUAACGACGAGUGGAAAGAGUUCUUAAGUCGACCAUCUCUCAAAUACAUUUUGAGGCUCUUAACAGGGCUAGCAACCAAACAUAAGGGAACACAGCAGGCCUUUGGAUCGACAUGCAUCCCAGCAAUCCAUCGCCUAGAACAGAUAUCCUCUGAUGAACAUGUAGGCUCUGUAGCUGAAAAUCUACUUGAAGCUCUGAGAGAUGAUCCAAACAUUGCAUCCCAGAUUCAAGAAGUGCGGCGCCAAACCAGGCAGGAGAAAAAGAGGCUUGCCAUGGAAACUCGUAAAAAGGAGCUGAAUCGCUUAGGUCUCAGGGCUAAUGAUAAAGAACAGAUUACAUCUCAGUCAACAUUAUUAUCUCAGAUGGGAGAAAUAGCAGAGGAAUCUGGAUUGGUUUGUGCUAUAUGCCUUGAAGGAUAUCGUUGUCAACCUCAGAAAGUGUUGGCUGUGUAUACAUUCAGUAAACGUUGUGUAGUGGAUGAAUUUGAAAACAAACCUCACAAGACCUUAGGUUAUUGCACUGUAUCACAUUUUAAUGUGGUACAUGUGGAUUGUCACCUUGCUGCUGUUAGGUUAUCUAGGCCACGUGAAGAAUGGGAGUGCGCAGCACUUCACAAUGCAAAUACCCGAGCCAAUGGUCUAUUGCCUUUAUGGGGCCCUCAGGUUCCAGAGUCUGCUUUUGCAUCAUGCCUGGCACGUCAUAACACAUACCUUCAAGAAUGUACCACCCACAGAGAUAUCAGUUACUCCUCAACAUUACAUGACUUGAAGUUAUUACUUCUGAGGUUUGCAAAUGAGAAAUCCUUCAGCGAUGACACAGGCGGUGGUGGACGGCAGUCUAACAUGAAUCUGAUUCCUUAUAUCUUGCACAUGGCUCUUUAUGUGAUAAACACUACACGUGCUGGAAGUAGGGAAGAGAAGAAACUUACAACAUUCUUGGAAGCUGGUAGAGAAAGAUGGGUUGAGGUAGCAUAUGAAGCAGAAGGGGUCUUCUAUAUGGGUGUAUUGGCACUAGCAGUAUAUUCCCCAUCAAAAUGGACAUCCAUGAAAGUGUCUUAUCUUCAGCGUCUUUUGGUCGUUGCUCAUGCCCGCACUGUGGCUCCUCAUCCUCCUCCUGGAAAUAAGAUUACUGACAAAGCAACCAAAGACUGGGCUGUGUACAAACAUGCUGCAAUAUUCUGGGCUCUUGUUGAUGGAAUAUACAACACUUUCUUUAAAAAAACCAGUUCAGAAGGUGAAUGGAGUUCAACUGUGGCAGAAUUCAUCAGACAUAAUGACCAAGUGUUAGUUGAGGCAUCUUCAAAACUUUUAACAAAUUACCAAGAAGAACUUCUUCCAAUAUCAUCUUUCAUGGAAUUCUGUGAUGUUGUAGGUCUCCUAGGAGAAAUUGAAAACCCAGAUGAUUUCUUGACAGAGUUAUUGCAAAGUUUGCCUUAAUUCUGCUCAGUGAUUACGGAAAUUCAAGUUUGAUGCGACAGGUCAAUAACCUACCUGAGAAAAGGAAUUUAUUUAGUUCAUGUACUAGUCCUUUGGGAUAUAAACUUAUUAGCUCACACAUAUGUGUAAUUUUGUUUUCUCGUGUCAUUCAUUUAGAAUGUGUAAUAUUAUGUAGCAGUUUACAUGAAAAAUUUCCCUUUCAAAGGUUCCGAGUUUUUGAAUUCCUUCUAACCUAUACUAAUCCAAUUUGUAGCAAUUUUUAGGAACAGCUUCCUUGAAUCUUGGUUUUCAGUAUAGUAAAGCCUUAAAAGUAUUCUUCAUGCAAUUCUGCCUUUAGAAUCCACUGCAUCAAGAUAUUAGUAAAUUUCUCUUCACAGGGAUCCAGUCUUUGUGGCUGUGCUGUAGUCAACAUUGUAUUUUGUAAUCAUAUCAAGUCAAAACGUUUAAAUGUUGUUGCUAAGUAAUUACUAUUUAUAUUUGUCAUAACUACUAUUUAUACUAUACAGGUAUAUGGUAUUGUUGCUUAAGUUUAUGAUUUGUUUUAUUACUUUAAAAUCCAGGUGUAAUUUGUUUAAUGCUUCAUGCUCUGUAAUUGAUUAAACAUUGCACAAACUUU